AUGAGAUGGACAGUGCACAUCGAAGGUGGCCCACGAAGGGUCAAUCAUGCAGCUGUUUGCAUUGGUGACAAGAUAUUUUCAUUUGGUGGAUACUGUUCCACUGAAGAAUAUAAAGAUUGGGAACCGAUUCCUAUUCAUGUAUUGGAUACUUCUACACUUAGGUGGUCAAUGGUAUUUUAUAGAAAAACGCAUGUGAUGCCUUUUCAAAGAUAUGGUCACACAGCUGUGGCCUACGGUCACAAGGUAUACAUGUGGGGGGGCAGAAACAAUGCUGUGGCUUGUGAUACACUGUUUUGCUUUGAUACAAAGAAAUUAGAAUGGAGCAUGCCAGCUGUAUCUGGUAUGGUACCAUAUGCAAAAGAUGGUCAUUCUGCAUGUGUUAUAAGAAAUAAAAUGUAUAUAUUUGGAGGUUUUGAAUACCUUACUGAUCAGUAUUCACAAGAAGUUCAUUGUUUGGACCUGGACACAUUGCAAUGGAGUUUUGUCGAUGCACAUGGUACUCCACCUUCUCAUAGAGACUUUCACACAUCUGUACCUGUUGGUGAUAGAAUGUAUAUAUUUGGUGGCCGUGGUGACUUAAAUAGCCCAUAUAACUCCCAAGAAGAAGUGUACUGUCCUCAAGUGUAUUAUUUAGAUACAAUUAAAGAUGAAUGGGUUGUAGCCAACCCAGGAGGAACCUGGCCUGAAGGUAGACGCAGCCAUUCAGCCUGGUUGCAUCAGGGUUACAUGUACAUCUUUGGUGGGUUUAAUGGAAACACAAAAACUCACUUUAAUGAUUUGUAUAGAUAUUCAAUUAAUGGAAAUUACUGGGAGUACAUUAAUGUAAGUGGUAUUAUACCAUGCAAGAGAAGACGCCAAGCUUGUCUUCUGUUUAAUAACAAAGUGUAUUUAUUUGGAGGAACAAGUCCAUGUCCACAUAUGAGCGGACGACCUGUAGACAAUUCGGAUGCAGCGGAUGAUCCAGAAAGGUUGAUAGACAACAGCGACCUUCACUUACUGGAUUACUCACCAAGCUUGAAAACACUCUGCAUUCUUCAAGUCCUAGAACAUAACUUGGACCAAUCCAUUUUGCCGCGUGAUAUUAUCUUAGACAUUCGAACGAUGACGCUUCCGAAUCGCAUAAGCAGACCCUUUAAUCAAGCUGGGUGA